GCCCGCGCCGCCAUUUUGUGAGUCUAUAUAACACGUAGCCGUUGGGUCCGCUCCUGCUAUUCCAGCGCCUCCACUCAGUUCCCUUCGGGUCGCCUUCGUGUGCAAUGGACGGCAUUGUCCAAGAUAUAACAGUUGGUACAAAGCGGGGAUCUGACGAGCUUUUCUCUACUUGUGUCACUAACGGACCCUUUAUCAUGAGCAGCAACUCUGCUUCUGCAGCCAAUGGGAAUGACAGCAAAAAAUUCAAAGGGGACAAUAGAAGCGCAGGCGUCCCAUCACGAGUAAUCCACAUCCGCAAGCUCCCCAGUGAUGUUACCGAAGCUGAAGUGAUUUCCUUGGGUUUGCCCUUCGGCAAGGUCACAAACCUCCUGAUGCUGAAAGGAAAGAACCAGGCUUUCAUAGAGAUGAACACCGAAGAAGCCGCUAACACAAUGGUGAGCUACUAUACGACAGUCACUCCAGUCCUCCGGAGCCAGGCCAUCUACAUCCAGUUCUCCAACCACAAAGAGCUCAAGACUGAUAACUCCCCAAACCAGGCGCGUGCUCAGGCGGCCUUGCAAGCGGUGAACUCGGUUCAGUCCGGCAACCUGGCCUUGUCCGCCUCUGCUGUCGAUGUCGGGAUGGCCAUGGCUGGCCAGAGCCCCGUCCUGAGGAUCAUUGUGGAAAACCUCUUCUAUCCGGUGACCUUGGACGUUCUGCAUCAGAUCUUCUCCAAGUUUGGCACAGUACUGAAAAUAAUCACGUUCACCAAGAACAACCAGUUCCAGGCCCUCUUGCAGUAUUCGGACCCCAUGAGCGCUCAGCACGCCAAAUUGUCCCUGGACGGGCAGAACAUCUACAACGCCUGCUGCACGCUCCGCAUCGACUUCUCCAAGCUCACCAGCCUCAAUGUGAAGUACAACAAUGACAAGAGCCGGGACUACACGCGGCCGGAUCUGCCUAGCGGGGACAGCCAGCCCUCCCUCGACCAGGCGAUGGCAGCCGCCUUUGGUGCUCCAGGAUUAAUUUCUGCCUCUCCAUAUUCAGGGGCUGGCUUCCCUCCCGCUUUUGCAAUUCCUCAAGCAGGCCUCUCAGUUCCAAAUGUUCAUGGAGCUCUUGCUCCUUUGGCUAUCCCAUCAGCAGCUGCUGCCGCCGCUGCCGCAGGGCGGAUUGCUAUUCCUGGCCUCAGCGGGGCAGGGAACUCCGUUCUGCUGGUUAGCAAUUUGAACCCCGAGAGAGUUACACCCCAAUGCCUCUUUAUUCUUUUCGGGGUGUAUGGUGAUGUGCACAGAGUGAAGAUCUUGUUUAACAAGAAGGAGAAUGCCUUGGUUCAAAUGGCAGAUGGCAAUCAGUCCCAGCUGGCCAUGAGUCACCUCAACGGCCAGAAGCUGCAUGGCAAGCCGAUCCGCAUCACCCUCUCAAAGCACCAGACGGUGCAGCUGCCCCGGGAAGGGCAGGAGGACCAAGGGCUGACCAAGGACUACGGGAACUCUCCCCUCCACCGCUUCAAGAAGCCAGGCUCCAAAAACUUCCAGAACAUCUUCCCCCCUUCCGCCACCCUUCACCUCUCCAAUAUCCCUCCUUCAAUAACUGAAGAGGACCUCAAGAUGCUUUUCUCAAGUAAUGGUGGAAUGGUGAAAGCCUUCAAAUUCUUUCUGAAAGACCGAAAGAUGGCUCUGAUUCAGAUGGGGUCUGUGGAAGAAGCCAUUCAGUCUCUCAUCGACCUCCAUAACCACGACCUGGGUGAGAACCACCACUUGCGCGUCUCCUUUUCCAAGUCCACCAUUUAAGCGC